UGAUCCGAUGAAUUCAGAGCUAAAUAACCGUGAGGAGAUUGUAUCAGUGAUCGUCAGCGCUUUCAAUCUUUUUUUCUCUAUGAAUCUUCCUGAUGUCGAGAUCCCUGAUACUCUACGCAUUAAGCAACCUCAGUGUCCACACCAACCGGACAAUGUGGCAUGUGGAUACUACUUAAUGAGGAUGUUGAAGGAUUUGAUUGAACAUGCGAGUCCUGGGCAUUACUUGAGAACGCUAACAAGCACAUCAUAUACAGAGGCACAAAUUGAUGAGUUGCGACAAGAAUGGGCGACAUAUAUGUUGCCGAUAAUCCAAAGUUACCGACCUCGUUGAUAGGUUUUUUUUUUAAUUUUUUAACUCUUUCUUCAUACACAAUGCAAUAUUUGUUCAUUUUGAAUAUUUCUAACAAAUAUUGUAUUUCUUGUAUAUAUCUAACAAAUAUAUAUUUUUCUUUCAAUUUAAUUGAUUAUUAAAUUAAUUUAAAUUUAGAUUAAAAUAAUUUCAAUUUAAAUUAAUAUUAUUUCAAUUUAAUUAAUUAUUAAAUCAAAUUAAAAUAAUAUUAAUUAUAAAUUUAUUUAAUUUAUUUUUUUUAAAUGUGGGAAACUUUCAAUGUCUCCCAUUGGGAGAGGUGGGAGACUUUC